UACUGGAGCAGCCGCCCUCGUCCCAACACCCCAAGGCCCCAAGCACUCUCACCAACUCACCAUAUAUACGGCGGCAGCGCUCCUCACUGAGCUCAGUGCAGUGCACACGCCAAGGCCAGAGAGGAGACACCCACCGCUCCAAUGGAUCACUCCACCUCCCUGCUCCGGCUCAUCUUCCUCGCCCUCGGCGCCGCCCUCGUCCUCCUCGUGUUCCGCUCCGCCUUCCACCUUCCACGCGGCAUCGACACGCCCACAACCUCGCUCUUCGACGCCGCCGCCGCGGCGGGCAGCAGCUGCACCCGGUUCGCGCCGUGGGGGUGCCGCCAGGCCGACCAGACGAAGCCCAAGCCCAAGCCGCCGUCGCACGAGAACGACGUGCCGCGCCACCCGCUGGACCCGCUGACGGUCGGCGAGAUCAACCGCGCGCGCGAGCUCCUCCGCGCGCACCCGCCGUUCGCGUCGUCGCCGUCGUCCCUGUUCGUGCACUCGCUCGCGCUGGACGAGCCGGAGAAGGCCGUCGUCCUGGGCUGGCGGAAGGGCGCCGACCCGCUGCCACCGCGCCGCGCCGUGGCGGUCGUCCGGUUCCGCGGCGAGGCCUUCGUCCUCGCCGUCGACCUCGCGGGCGGCGCCGUGACUCCUCUGCCUGUCCCCGCCUCCGGGUAUCCGACCAUGACCAUGGACGAACAGGUGUCUCUCUGCUUCGCGCCGUUCGCUGACCCGGCGUUCAACGCCACCAUCCGCCGGCGCGGCGUCCGUCUGUCCGACGUGGCGUGCCUGCCCAUCUCCCUCGGGUGGUACGGCCCCACCGAGGAGAACCGCCGGCUGAUCAAGGUCCAGUGCUUCUCCGCCGAGGGUACGGCCAACUUCUAUAUGCGCCCUAUCGAGGGCCUCACUGUGCUGGUCGACAUGGACAUAAGGCAGGUCAUCCACAUCUCGGACCGCGGCACCGGCAUCCCGAUCCCGGCCGCCGCGAACACCGACUACCGGUACGCCCGCCACAUGCAAGAAGAAGGUAACCGGGCAUCGAACGGAGCCGGCCUCGGGUUCCAGAAGGUGCGCACGCCGUCGAUUGAGCCGGCGCCGUCGGGCCCGGGCGUCGAGCUUGUGGAUGGGCACACGGUGCGGUGGAGCGGGUGGGAGCUCCACCUGAAGGCGGACGCGCGCGCCGGCAUGGUGGUGUCGCGCGCGCGGGUGCAGGACCCGGGCACGGGCGCGCACCGGGAGGUGCUGUACAAGGGCAUGGCGUCGGAGCUGUUCGUGCCGUACAUGGACCCCUCCGAGGCCUGGUACUUCAAGACCUACAUGGACGCCGGCGAGUACGGCUUCGGGCUGCAGGCCAUGCCGCUGGUGCCGCUCAACGACUGCCCGCGCCACGCGCGCUACCUCGACGGCGUCUUCGUGGCAGCGGACGGCCGGCCCUACGUGCGCGAGAACAUGAUCUGCGUCUUCGAGCGGUACGCCGGUGACGUCGCGUGGCGGCACUCGGAGAGCCCCAUCACCGGCAUGGACAUAAGGGAGUCGCGUCCGAAGGUGACGCUGGUGGCGCGGAUGGUGGCUUCCGUGGCCAACUACGACUACAUCAUGGACUGGGAGUUCCAGAUGGACGGCCUCAUCCGCAUCAAGGUUGGGCUCAGCGGCAUCCUCAUGGUGAAAGGCACGGCCUACUCGCACCUGAGGCAGGCCCGCGAGAACGAGGACAUGCACGGCACGCUCCUCUCCGAGAACGUCAUCGGCGUCAUCCACGACCAUUUCGUCACCUUCCGGCUGGACAUGGACGUCGACGGCGCCGACAACUCCUUCGUGCGGGUCGAGAUGGCUCGCCAGGAGACGGGCCCCGGCGAAUCCCCACGGAAGAGCUACCUCAAGGCCACCCGCCGCGUCGCCCGGACCGAGAAGGACGCCCAGGUGCGCCUCAAGCUCUACGAGCCGGCUGAGUUCCACGUCAUCAACCCGGCCAAGAAGACACGCGUCGGCAACCCCGUCGGCUACAAGGUCGUCCCCGCCGGCACCGCCGCCAGCUUGCUGGACCCCGAGGAUCCGCCCCAAAUGAGAGGCGCCUUCACGAACAAUCAGAUAUGGGUGACACCCUACAACAAGAGCGAGGAAUGGGCAGGCGGGCUGUUCGUGUACCAGAGCAAAGGGGAGGACACACUGGCCACUUGGGCUGACAGGGACCGUCCGAUCGAGAACAGAGAUCUGGUGCUGUGGUACACGCUAGGGUUCCACCACAUACCGUGCCAGGAGGACUUCCCCAUCAUGCCCACCGUGUCCUCCGGCUUCGACCUCAAGCCGUUCAACUUCUUCGAGAGCAACCCCAUCCUCAAGCAGCGACCGACCAAGGACGACGACCUGCCGGUCUGUGCCGCCGCCACCACUGCGUGAGCACCGUCCGUAGCCGGCCGGCGCGGUGAUGCUUCGGUGCAUCAUCUAUCAGCAGCCCUGGAGGAGCGUGUUAUUAUGUACCAUUGGGCAUAUAGGGGCGGGACUGAUUAAUUGGAGCCCUGUCCUGUGUGCUAUUGCUAGUAGCUAUAUAUAGUAAGUAUGUGAUGAUAAUGCAGCUGUGUCAUCUCCUGAUCUGCUAUGUACUGUAUGACCAAACAAAAUGAGGACUUUGAGUUGUGAUGUCUCUA